GACCGCGAAAGGGGUCGCAACCCACAGGUUGAGAACUUCUGCUCUAAUGGCUCCCAUCUCACUCUAAGAGCCUACGGAGUCUUACAGUUUCUACUCCUGUCCCCCGAUCCUCCCUACCUCGAUGCCUCAUCUCUGCAUUUGCCCCUGGCUUUCUUCAUUCUGCUCUCUUGGCCUUGCUUUUCCUCAAACAUGAGGCACAGCUCUGGUUUAAGUCCUUUGUGCUUCCCUUCCACCUAAAAUGCUUCUGCUUCCUCACCUCCUUCAGGUCUCAGCUUAGAUGUAACCGUGGUGAGCCUUUCCUUGGCUCCUCAGUUUAAAACUGCACUAUGCCCCUCCCCUACCCCUAGCAUCUAAUUCCUUUCCUUGCUUUAUUGUCCCGAUAACACUUCAUAACGCUUCAGAAUAGCAAGAAUACUGUUUGUUUUGCUUAUUUAUUUGCUGGCUGCCUCAGUUUCUUCAUCUGUAAUAUGGAAGGAACAUUGAUAAUAGUACUGAACUUGUGGGUUGUUUAGAGGAUUAGAUAAGUUACUAUCUGUAUUGCUUUUAGACCAAUGUCCAGCAUGGGGAGCAUUAUAUCUGUGUUUAUUUUAUGAGCAGUGUGCUGGAUAAAGAUUACCUAAGAAAAAACCAAAUACUUACUCUCUAGCAGAAUGGUUACUGCUUUCAGUUCUUAGUUGCUCAGUAACCACAAUUUCAGCACUGAUGAAUGAUGCCCAGGGCCUCUGGUCUGAAAUACUUCCCAGCACUAAUAGGAUAUUCUGACUGCAAAUUUAAAGCUUAGAGUUGAGGUUCAAAGAUAGAACUCCCACGUCGACUAUAAUUUAAGUGUCAUGCAUCUCCCUUGGCUUUAAGGAACAAGUAUAAUGGCUCAGGAAGAAUUUGAAAAGAUUGCCUGGUUGCAGUGGCUCUGAGUUAUGACUGCCCAGAGCCACACAGGUCUGGACUGUAGGUGAUUAGGGCACAGGGCUGGGGAGCCGUGCUGACUUAACCCCACUUGACAUGGUGCUACUUUAGUUAGCUGGUUUGUCCCAGAGUAUCAGACCCACUGGCAGUCCAUUACCUCCUUCCUCUCAAGCUUGUCAUGAACAAGUUUGUCAUGAUUUGCUACUGGCAAGUGAGCACUUAUUUCCAAAGGGAACAUAUUUUUCUCAUCAUGCUCCAUUCAUUUUUGAGAGCUGCUUAUUAUAACUAUUUACUUUCCAAGCCUAUGCUACAGACAUCCACACACAAACACACCAUUGGCUGCAGUUUGCCCAGAAUGCAUUGGAUCCUUCUACUCCUAGCAACACCUACCUUGUUCUUGGCUCACUCAUUCAGCAAAUAUUAAUUAAGCACUUGUAUAUCUAAGUAGACCCUUCCUUGUCUUCGUGGAGCUUAUGUUGUAGAAGUCUAGAUCAAGACUCUGGCCUUAUUUUUCCCAAAUUGGUAGUCAUAUCGUCAUGGAGUGCACCUUAAAGGCACUUGAAUAAUCUAAUUCUAGUGAAUCUAUUGUAGAAUGCCACUCUGGUACAUCAGUGGAGUUGCUCCCAGCCAGCCAGACAAGCUAGCUUUCUGUAAGUCAUAAAUGUCAGGGUACCCAGGGUAAAAUCAGCUUUUUCCUGGAACCAAAUGAACUUUCUAGAUAUUAUAUUUCCCAGGACCUGUUUACACUGGGCCUGUAAACGCAAUCAUGGUCAGGUGGUCUCUUACUUGUUAAAAUCAGGAGCCGACAAAGAGAUUCUUACCACAAAAGGAGAAAUGCCAGUCCAGUUAACAUCAAGGAGAGAAAUCAGAAAGAUAAUGGGAGUGGAAGAAGAUGAUGAUGGUGACAACCUCCCCGAGAUGAAGAAGGAGUCAGACCUGCCCUUUGUUCCCAACUAUUUGGCCAGUCCAGCUUUCCCUUUUAUCUACACCCCCGUGGCAGAGGAUUCGGCCCCGCUGCAGAAUGGGGACCCCUCCACACCCCCUGCCACACCCCCUGCCUCACCCCCUGGAGGCGGCUCCCCUGCAUUGCUCCCCCCUGGGGACCCUCCCCCACGGGGGGCCUUUCCGAGGGACCACACCUCUUUGGCGCUGGUGCAGAAUGGGGAUGUGUCUGCCCCCUCUGCUCUACUCAGAACACCAGAAAGCACAAAACCUGUUUGUCAGCCACCCGUGACUCAGAGUCGAUCACUGUUCUCUUCCGUCCCGUCCAAGCCACCAGUGUCUCUGGAGCCUCAAAAUGGGACAUAUGCAGGACCAGCGCCAGCGUUCCAGCCAUUUUUCUUCACGGGAGCAUUUCCUUUUAAUAUGCAAGAGCUGGUGCUCAAGGUGAGGAUUCAAAACCCAUCUCUUCGAGAAAAUGAUUUCAUUGAAAUUGAACUAGACCGACAGGAGCUCACCUACCAAGAAUUGCUCAGAGUGAGUUGCUGUGAGCUGGGUGUUAAUCCAGAUCAAGUGGAGAAGAUCAGAAAGUUACCCAAUACUCUGGUCAGAAAGGACAAAGAUGUUGCUCGACUCCAAGAUUUCCAAGAGCUGGAACUGGUUCUAACAAUAAGUGAAAAUAAUUUUCUGUUCAGAAAUGCUGCAUCCACACUGACAGAAAGGCCUUGCUACAACAGGAGAGCUUCAAAACUGACUUACUAAUGCCGCAGGGACUUUUGUCACUGAGUAUUGUGACAGCGCGUCACCUCUGGGCCAAGGACAAGCCAUUGAUCUCAAUGCCUUGGAUGCCGGAGGGCCGCUGGUGCCACUGAGUAGUGUACACUAACAUUGUCCUGCCCAGGUGGGGAGCCCCUGACCCUCAAGCAGUGGUGCCACUCUUCCAAGCCUCUUGGUGCACAAUAAACCGAUUGCUCAACGCUGUGAACAGUGAAGUGGUCUGGAGAGGCAGGAGCCGGCGGUUCCAUAUCCAGUGUGUUUUACGUGCAGCAUGUAAGAGAGCGGUCCACAGUGCUGAGAGAGUGAAGCCUAUUUCUAGCCACUCCUGUUGACAGUGCACCUGAAGGGCCAGGAUGCACUCGGCUUGGUGUUGCACGCUCACAACUGUCCUCAAAUGUGAACCGACUCGAGGAAAACGGGAAAGCACAGGUGCUGGACAGAUGGGUUUUAGUGUGGCUUGUGGCUGUGAGGUUCCAUAUAACAUAUUUAUAAUGUUACUCAGGUGAAAAGUAUUUAAGGUUACAGUUACCUAAUUGUAAAUAUGCUGUUAACCAAAAGAGCUUCCCCUCCCCCACUUUUCCCUUUGUAAACACUCAUGACUCCUCUGUCUCCAGUCGGCCAUUGCCAAGCCCUAGACAAGCACCUCUGCAUUCACUUCCCUUUGUGGUCACUAGAGGGCUCUCCGAUGCCUUCCAAAAGAGCAACCGCGGUUUUUGUUUUGUUUUGUUUUUUUUAACUGAAGUGAUUCCUGCCAUCUUCGUGUUUAAUUGCACCAUAUGAGAAGAGCACAAACAUUGCCUGUCCAUGUUCUCUACUUUCAUUUUCCACUAGAAAUGAAAAGCAAUUUUUGAGACUGAAUCUGUUGCUGUUUUAAAGGUUAUUGUAGGAAACUGAGCUAAAGGAGUUAGGAUAUUUAUUUUUGUAUAAAAGAUAAAGAUUAUUUUGAAAUUAUUAGGAUUUUUACACAACUCUGAAAUCUGUUGCUUUUGUAAACAAAUUGUUUUAUCUUAGGGAUCUCCCAUAACCCCCACCAAUCCAGUACCCCCCAAAAAGGCAAUUGCAAGUCUACCAGGCUUUGUUCUGAAAAAUGAAAAACAAAAAGUACACACCUGAUUAAACUCUUGGACAUGGCAUAAUAAUUUUUAGAAGAAUGCAUUCAAGGAUUCUUUUCCUUCAGUGUCAUUAAUGUGAACAGAAAGCCACUGUCUUGUUGAACAAACAGCUUAGCUUCAGAUGUGAGAACGAGCACAUAGACAGGAGAGCAGGGGUUUGAAGCCAGCUGUUGAAGGGCACCCUGCUGUCCUAAGAAGCUUUUCCCCAUAGUGCCUAUAGUUUCCAAAGAAACUUCACUUCCUGUGUUAACUUUAUUGGGUGGAGAGAGAAUGUGCAGAAGAUGUCGGGGGAAGAGAAUGCGGUGCUAAGAUGACGGCCUCCUGCUGCUGCCCAAAUGCUGAGCUGAGGUGGAGGUGUUCGCAAGGCCAGCUUCACGGAGUCACCGUUCAGGGACCGAAUGUGUUUCAGCACUUGCUGAUGGUGACUUACCCUUGUACAGUGUUUGCAUGGCAGAGUAAAGGUUACUUAUUACUCCCUCUCUCUGAGGUACUUUAAAGAAGAAACCUCCCUUGUGUUGCAAACCAAUCAGAAGCUAGUUUAUCUAGACAUACUAACCUCUCUCCCCCUUUCCUUUAAAAAAAGUUUAAUGAUAAGAUUAGUUCUAUCCUGAAAGAAAGAAAUUCAGUAUUAACUCAUGUCUAAGUCACUGGGGUUAAAGCUUCCAGCCACCCAGAUCAGUUAGCGAUUCAGAAGCAGUGGAGGCCUCGCUUGGGGGUGACCUACAGAGGAGCAGCUCCGGGCUUUUCCAGGGCUUAGGAACAGAGGGAGCCAGGGGCUGGCGUCUCAGGUGAGAGAUGGGCCCUACACGGGUCUCUUCUAUAAAGUCCUCUGUGGUCCAGUGACCUCUAUGUAUGGCCGUAGAAUAAGACUGCACAGUUGCUGGUAGGUGAGUCUAAAGUCUUAAUCUAUGCAUUCAGAGAAAUAUUUUUAUAUGCUCUGUGUAAUUUAUAACAAAGGGUUUUUCUUUUUAGCUCUGUUACUGUGAAUUCCCCCCUCCUCCACUGCAUAUUUAAAGCAUGUGUUCAUACUGUGGGCAAACAUUCACUGAAGAUAAUUUUCUUUGUGCAUUGCUGACUGUUCAAAUAUAACAAGUAUUAAAAUUAAAUAUUAACUGACCAA